GCUCUUCCAGGAGGCGCACUUGCCUUGACUUCCCCCGGCUCGCCGCAGCGACCUCUCGCAUCGCCUGCACCGUCCCCAUCCAAAUUCGUAUCUUGAGACGUCUUUUCUCAAAACGCCCGCUCGCCUCGUCUAUCUGUCCGCACGCACCAUCCGAGCCGCCAUGCAAGUUAGCGCGCGUUGCGGUGCAGUGCGGCUCACAUCCCGCCACGUGGAACAAUUCGCAUGCCGCCACGUGGAGCGGACGCCCGUCUCGCUUUCAUGGAGCCCGACGACGAGCCGGAACUUUAGAAGCAUUCGGUAUAGAAGCACGCGCUCUAGUAGCACUCGCGCUAGUAGCACCCGCUCUAGUAGAAGGUGUCACUCGUCUGCACUCGUUCCUGCGCAGCUAUUCAACUUCAGGCAAUUCCCUGGCCGUCUCCACCCCAUUGCCGUCAUCCCACUCACCGCCGUCGAUCUCGCGUCUCGAAGAGGGACUUACAGAAGCGCCGCUAUGGCCUCCGCCGCCAUGCAUGCCGCCGCCGUCGCGUGCAUCUACUCUUCUUCCAUCUCCCUCCCUCUCUCGCCGCCACAUCCCGUCCGUCCCGCCCGUCGUUAUUCCGCGCCUCCUCUCCGUGCCACCUGGCGGGGCAUGGCUGGCGAUAUCGCCGCAAUCGCCGCCGCUGAAGGCGCUGCCACUGCUUCAGGCGCAACGGCUGCCUCGCUCCCGCCCCCCUCAUCCUCCCCUUCAUCCCCCCACUCAUCCUCCCCCUCGUCCUCCGCCGACGCUUCCGCCUCUUCCGCCGACCCCGCUUCCCCUCCCCACCAUACUAGCAAGCGGCAGUACGAAAUCGGCGCGCUGCAGCAGCUGCCUGCCGUGUCUCCUGCUGCUGAAAUCAUCGGGACUGCACUGAGGCGCGCCAAGCACGUGCGCGCCAGCAAAGGCAUCAUGAAUGCGGUGAAGCGAGAGAGGAGCAAAGGAGCUCAACAGCUGGACUGCCUCACCAAGAAUUCAACCAGUCGCAACCCCAAACUUUGACGACCAAAAACACAUCCAACCCAGUGCACACUUUUGCAUCUACAACUUCCAACCUAACCUCUUACACCCUCCUUCCUCCUCACAAUCCACUUCCCGUCAAUUCCGCGAUCCCUAGAAUUCUGCGUGCCUAGGAGUAUCUCAUUAGGUUAGUUCGCGCGAGAAAUAUUAAGCAGCCCGUGCCACUCUUAACAACACGCGCUUGCAUAGGCUCCACCCACACUACUGUUGGCUUAAAGCCCGACCAGCAGGUUGCAACUCUCUUUUCUCAAGAUGCUGCAUCUUGAGAACCUGUAACCGAACCCACCCGCAGCAGUAGUUGACGAGACUCAAACACCUCAACUCUGUGCCUCGACAAACUUGGCAAGUUUGCGUCCCUGCCAGGUAUCGAGGUGAACAAGCACGAAGUGUGCUCAAAGGGUAAUUACUCGUUCAAAUUUUGACUUUCAGGCGGUUUAGCGAAAGUGUAUCAAUGUGUGUUUGAUUGCACAAGGGCGAAACUGAAGCCCAAUAGUUGAGACUCGUUUCCUUUCAACUUGCCCUAACAAAAAAAACGAUGUGGG